UAGCGGUUGCCCAGCUACGGUUGCCGAUGAUUCUACUAUUACCAAUCACAUUGACCGUAACCAGGAUCUGCUACAUUGUGAUUGCUGAAAUAGAAUCGUCAACUGCUGAAAUAGAAAUCGUCAACUGGCAAGCGUAGCCGCACAAUCACUAGUCUGAUAUGGCCUUAAAGGUUUUAAAAAGGUUUCACGAAAAAAGCCAGGAUAGCCGUUUCUCAAGCUGCUUUAAGUUCGGUUAUAAAUGCUUCGAAGCAUUUAACCAAUCAGAACAAAGAAUUUUAUUUUGGGAAUUGACCAAUCAAAAAUGUUUCGAAGCAUUUGUAACAUCAAGAAUCGCACUCUUUCUUUCCAAUUAAAGAUAACUACUUACUAGCCGAUAAAUAUUUCAGUGUGGCUGAUGUUUUCGAUUUGCUGACUCGAGUCAAACAUGAGAGAAAAAGCAUGAAAUAAAAAGAGUCAGAGCUGAGUCAGCAAAUCAAAAACACUAUAAAUGAAAACUGAUUCGUUGACAUUGGACUAGGCACAUUUUAUUGGUCAAGAGAUUUAUUUGAUAGGUUUACCUCUUUAUCAUCAAUGUUCAAUGACGUACACUUUUUACAAAGUAUUCCCGCCAAGUGUAAUGUCUUCCGAUGUUGUGUAUGAUGCUUUGAUUCCUAAUUUGUUAGUUUAUUACCAAAAGAAAAAAAAGAUCGUCGUAGUUACAUCAAACAUUUCGUAAUAAUAUAAAAGAAUUUCUCUUGUAGUGGAAAGCGUAUCCUAAAAAACAACAAUAUGAUACAAUGAGCCAACAAACUUCUCCUGCACCCGAUAUAGAUGAACCAUUUGAAGAUGAAUCUGAUUUACUUGAUGGAGAAAAUAAUGUCAAUAAUGAGGAAGAAGAAGAAGGGGAGGAAUUAUUUGGAGAUAAUAUGGAGGCAGAUUAUCGACCUAUGUCAGCAUUGGACAGAUACGAUCCUAAUUUAUUGGAUGACGAAGAAUAUUCAGAACUAUCUCAGGGUGAACGUAUAGCUGCUGAAGCAGAAAUGCGGAAGAGAGAUCGUGCGGCUGGUGUUAUAAGAGAUGAUCGUGAUCUUCUUUAUGAUGAAACUGAUGAAGAAGAUGUACAAGCACGCAAACGACGUAUGGCUGAAAAGGCUGCCACAGGCAUAUUAGAAGAUGCAGAAAUGAUCGAAUCUAUUGAAAAUUUGGAGGAUACUAAAGGACACUCAGUAAAGGAAUGGGUUAUGAUGUUAGGACCACGAACGGAAAUUUCAAACCGCUUUAAAAGUUUUCUUCGUACUCAUACCAAUUCCAAAGGACAAUACAUGUAUAAAGAACGUAUUCGCCAUAUGUGUGAGAGUAAUCAGUCCAGUUUCAUAGUGGAAUUUCCCAUUCUUGCCAGUAAGGAACACGUUUUGGCCUAUUUUUUACCAGAAGCUCCAUUUCAAAUGCUCGAGAUAUUUGAUGAAGUGGCAAAGGAAUUAGUUCUUACGAUUUUCCCCAGUUACGAGAGAGUCACGUCGGAGAUUCACGUGAGAAUAUCAGAACUGCCAUUAAUUGAAGAAUUACGCACAUUCAGAAAACUCCACUUGAAUCAAUUAGUCCGAACUCUUGGAGUUGUAACAGCAACUACGGGAGUUCUCCCGCAAUUAUCAGUAGUGAAGUACGAUUGUACAAAAUGUAAUUACAUUCUCGGACCAUUCGUCCAAUCUCAAAAUACAGAAGUCAAACCAGGCUCUUGUCCCGAAUGUCAGAGUGUCGGUCCAUUCACGAUCAAUAUGGAGCAAACUAUAUACAGAAAUUAUCAAAAGAUAACGAUACAAGAAUCUCCGGGUAGGAUACCUGCUGGUAGAAUACCACGCAGCAAAGAUUGCAUUUUGCUGUCCGACCUCUGUGAUCGUUGCAAACCAGGAGAUGAGAUAGACGUUACAGCUAUUUAUACCAAUAAUUACGAUGGUUCUUUGAACACUGAACAGGGUUUCCCAGUAUUCUCUACAGUAUUAUUAGCUAAUCAUUUAUUUGUCAAAGAUUCGAAAGAAAUUGUAGACUCAUUGACGGAAGAGGAUAUAUCGAGUAUACUCGCUUUAAGUAAAGAUCAACGUAUCGCGGACCGCAUAGUCGCAAGUAUCGCGCCUUCGAUUUACGGUCAUGAAAACAUUAAGAGAGCCUUGGCACUGGCAAUAUUCGGCGGCGAGCCAAAGAAUCCUGGCAACAAGCAUAAGGUUCGCGGUGAUAUAAACGUUCUAUUAUGCGGAGAUCCUGGCACAGCUAAGUCACAAUUUUUGAAAUAUGUGGAGAAAGUGGCACCGAGAGUUGUUUUCACCACAGGUCAAGGUGCUUCUGCCGUUGGUUUGACCGCUUAUGUUAGGAGAUCACCCGUCAAUAGAGAAUGGACUUUAGAAGCUGGAGCUUUGGUUCUUGCUGAUCACGGAAUAUGCCUCAUCGAUGAGUUUGAUAAAAUGAAUGACCAAGACAGAACGUCUAUUCACGAGGCUAUGGAGCAGCAGAGUAUUUCUAUCUCGAAGGCCGGUAUCGUCACAUCUCUUCACGCCAGAUGCGCAGUGAUUGCGGCGUCUAAUCCUAUCGGUGGUCGAUACGACCCUAGUAUGACCUUUUCGGAAAAUGUAGAUCUAUCAGAGCCGAUUUUGUCGCGAUUUGACAUAUUGUGUAUAGUCAAAGAUGAAAUUGAUCCUAUGCAAGAUCGUCAUCUGGCCAAGUUCGUCGUAAAUUCGCACAUCAAGCAUCAUCCGACGGAUAGUACGGAGAGGACAGAUAGAACUGUAGUAUUAGAUCCCGCCACACAAAAUUUAUGCAUUCCACAGGAUCUUUUAAAAAAAUAUAUUGUUUAUGCGAAGCAGAACGUACAUCCAAAACUAACUAGUAUUGAUCAGGACAAAGUGGCUAAACUGUACAGCCAAUUGAGACAAGAAAGUUUGGCGACCGGCAGUUUACCGAUUACCGUGCGUCAUAUCGAGAGUAUUAUUCGUAUGGCGGAAGCUAGUGCCAAGAUGCAUUUGAGGGAUCACGUUCAGGAGAGUGAUAUGAAUUUAGCUAUCAGGAUAGUUCUUGACAGUUUUGUUGAUACACAGAAAUAUUCUGUUAUGAAAUCUAUGCGUCAGACAUUCCAGAAAUAUCUGUCAUACAAGAAAGAUCACAGCGAACUUUUGUAUUACAUAUUGCGACAAAUCACUUUAGAUACUUUAGCGUUUCAGAAAGCUCUGCACGGUGGACGUAUCACGACCGUCGAGAUCUCGGAAAAGGAUCUAUUAGAACGAGCAAAACAAAUUGACAUACACAAUCUGCAUCCGUUUUAUGAGAGUGACAUAUUCAAGACGAACAAUUUUGUUUACGAACCAAGAAGGAAAGUAAUAGUACAGACUCUGCCUGAAGGUAUCGAAGAUUGAUCCGGAGAAAAGCGCUUUAUAAUUUUUAUUCAUGUAUUUGAAUUAUAUAACAAAAAGUAAUUUUUUAUUUGCUCACAUAUAAAAUUUUUAUAUCGACAUUGAUAUCAAGAUGUCUGACAUCAUCGAUUAACAUCUUUUAUAUCAUUGUUGAAUAUUGAAUAUUGUUAUACAAAUAUAAUCAUCAUGAUAUAUAAUCAUUCCGUCGUCAGUAAAUAUAUCACGUUUUUAAUAAAUGGAACAAUUAUAUCAUAUACAAAUGUGCGUAUAGUAGUACCAAAAAUAAUGCAUUAUAUUUAUCGAUUCUAUA